UUCCAGGCUUAACUUCGUCCAACAAGAGCUAAAGCUGAACCCAAGCAGAACCGACAACAAAAUGAAGGUGUUCGUCUGCCUGUUCCUGUGCGUGAGCCUGACCCAAGCCGGCUUUAUCGGCGGCGGCUACGGCGGUGGCUACGGCGGUGGCUACGGAGGUGGAUAUGGCGGUGGCUUCGGCGGUGGCUAUGGUGGUGGUGCACCCACCAUUGUUAAGGUCAUCCAUGAGGAAGAUCAUGGACAUGGACAUGGACAUGUUCAUGGCGGCGAGGUCAAGAUUGUCAAGGUGAUCCACGAGGAGGCGCAUGGACAUGCUCAUGGCGGUGGCUUCGAGCAUGGUGCCGGCGGUGAAGUCAAGAUCAUCAAGCUCAUUCAGGAAGGUGGCUAUGCGCACGGCGGCUUCAGUCACGGUCACGGUCACGGUCACGGCGGUGAUGUGAACAUCGUCAAGGUGAUCCACGAAGCUGGUGGCGCCAUCGAGCACGGCCACGCCGGACACUUUGUCGCCGAUCAUGGCCACCAGGUCGAGGAUGUGAAAGUGGUGACGGUGGUGGGCGAGGGCGGCUAUGGCGGCGGCGCUAUUGGCGGUGCUGGCUGGUCUGCCGGCGGUGGCAAUGGCUGGGAUUAAGCUCAACUAGGCCAUUAGCUAAAGCAGCAUAGUCCCAUGCCCACACACACGCACACACACACACAUAUACGCACACACAUACACGCAACCAUGUGAUUGGCCAGGCACUCGACUCGCUUGUUUCUGUUGUCCGAGUUGAGCAACGGCAUUAGCCUUGUAGAUGUUGUUACUAUAUCUUUAAGAUGGCACACAUACCAUGUGCCCGUUGUUUUAUUUUCGUUUGUUUUUUUUUUACCAAUACAUAGUCUUUUUUUUUUUCGUGUUAAAUAGUUUAUAAACUGUACAAACCAUCUUCAACUGUGUUGAAAAAUAUAAAAACAAAA